AUGGCGCCCGAAAAGAAUGGAAGAGUCGUGUUUAUUGGCAACAUCCCUUACGAACAGAUCAUUGACACGUUUGGAAGAGUCGGCUCGGUGAACAACUUCAGACUGGUGCACGACAAGGAGACUGGUAGACCCAAGGGCUUCGGUUUCCUCGAGUUCGCAGACCCAGACGCUGCUGCAUCAGCAGUGCGCAACCUCAAUGACCACGAAAUCAUGGGCCGCAAGUUGCGCGUCGACUGGUCCAACGACAACAGCGGAGGCGGCAAUAACAGCAAUGACAACUCCAACAAUAUGCAACAAUCACAUCCUGCCGACGGUUCAAACCAGCAGCCCCCGGUGCUGCCCCCCCUCCCGCCUGGCACAGACUUGCCCGCUGGUCUGACAUGCCCCGACGCCAUCUCUAAGACACUUAGCGCCAUUCCAGCUCCUCAGUUACUUGAUAUUAUCUCGCAAAUGAAGGGCCUCGUUAUGUCGGAUCCCAACCAAGCAACCGAACUCUUGCGCCAAGCUCCCCAACUCGCCUACGCCAUCUUCCAGGCACUUCUUCUUCUCGGCCUGGUAGACACGAGCAUGCUCAGCAGCAUUGUCCAGGCCUCUGCUCCUCAAAACCAACAGUUCCCUGCUGCAGCACCUGUACCUCCACCACCCAUGCCUCAGCCUCCUCAAGGCGCGUACGCUCCUACUCCUCAGCCUGGUUACCCUGGAUACCCUCCUCAGAACUACCAACAGCCCACACCCCCUGUCCAACAGCCUGCUUUUGCACCACCGCCACCUCCUCAACAGGCUGCUGCGCCUAGUCAGCAGGACCUGAUUGCUCAAGUCUUGUCUAUGACCAUAGAUCAGAUCAACCAACUCGACCCUGUAUCGCGCCAGCAGAUCAUUGCUUUGCGCGCUCAGCUCGGUGCCCCAGUCGCUUGA